AUGACUGACCUCGACGACGAUGAAUACGAGAUUCCUCUGCGCGACCAGCGCUACUUCGGCUCUGGUGUAAAGCGCAAGCGCAUUCAGUUCGUACCCUCUACACCCGGGACUAGCAUACGAAGCUUACCAUCACCAUCGGUAGCAUCCGCGGCGGAUAGAUACCUUGCCAUUGUGCUGAAAAGGCCACAAGUAGCAACGACUGCGCAUGAGGAGAACCUAUGCGACAUUUGCCACCUUCCAGUAGCCGUAUCCGAUGCCACCCGUCACAAGACUAGCAUAGCGCAUCAGGUCUGCCUCCAGCACUCGCACCCGCCAUCAGACGUUGACCGUACACGCAAAGGCCUCGCCGUGCUCGAGAGGCAGGGAUGGGAUCCUGACAGUAGGCUUGGACUGGGUGCAGCAGGUGAUGGACGCUUGCACCCAGUCAAAGCCGUCGAGAACGCAGAUAGGCUAGGCUUGGGUGCAAAUCGUGAGAAGGUUAAGAAGUCGGAAAGGCCUGCGAAAUUAGACGCUGGCAAGGUGAAAUUACUGGAGAAGGCGAAGCAGAAGGAAGCUGAAGCAUUGAGGAAUGCUUUCUAUCGGAGUGAGGAGGUGGAGAGGUACCUGGGCCAGCAAGACCGAGGGGCCGAACUGCCGUGA